GCAGCCGGCUUGAAGUCCACGCUCGCUUUCAGCACACGCUUCGUCAGGUUUCUCACAUUCAUUUGCUCUCGCUCGCAAAGCAACGGCAUCAACACUACAGCAUUUUUCUAUCGUUCCGUCUCUUUUUCUCCGCCUCUCUUCCAAUCUGAUACGCAUAUCCCACGAUGCAGCUUUCUCUCAAUCUCAUCUUUGUCGCGACCAUUGUCGCGAGCGAGGCUCUCGCCCUGGCCACCUCGGGCAACGCAGCCGCUAGCGGCGUCGAGCUCUCUGCCAACAUCAAGCGCCACCACAAGAAGCGCACUUGCAAGGCAAAGAGCAGCAAGAAGACGAGCUCUCGCAUUGCCACAUCCUCUUCUGGGUCCUCUUCUGGCUCUGUUUCAAGCUCAAUCACCGGUCACAAGAAGUUGGGCUUGAGCUGGACAUACGGCAACUACAUGGAUAUCAACCUCUUUGACAACAAGGCUGGCUGGCGCUACAAUUGGAAGGAGAGUGACAACACCAAGUCGAACCUCCCUUACUUCCCGAUGCUUUGGAACGACGAUGGAUCCCGUGUCGCAGCAUGGCAGAAGAACGUUGUCAACAACCCCAGCUCCGUCACAAGCAAGACCAUCAUGGCCCCCAAUGAGCCAGAUGUUUCCAGCCAGGCCAACAUGUCCCCCGAAGCUGUCUGCUCGCUCAUGAGGAAGCAGAUGCUUCCGCUCAAGAAGAACCACGGUUUCAAGAUCAUCGGCCCCGCCGUCGUCAACCUCGAGGGUGACUGGUACCCGCGCUUUGUCAAGGCUUGCCCUGAUGUGCAGAAGGAAAUCGAUGCAGAUGCUGUGCACCUAUACGACUCUCUCGCAAGCACCUCCAUCUCCAGGCUUCAGAAGUGGCACAGUACUUACAAGCGUCCGAUCUACAUCACCGAGGUGGCUUGCCACAGCUUCUACAUUACCAGCAAGGCUCCUCAGUGCACUGGUUCCGGCAUGGCCAACUCGUUCUACAGCGGUCUCACUAAGUUUGUCGCCAACUCCGACUACAUGGCCGGUAUCGCACCGUUCGGCGUCUUCAAGGCGAACCUUCCGGACGGUGUUGGCAACUUUAACAGGCUCAGCACCACGUCAGGCACGCCCACCAACCUGUGGAACAUGAUCACCUCGCUCAUCUAAAGCCUUUCGUUCGCGACACGGUGUUGAGACGGGUGCCGGUCACCCCAGGCUGUUUCGGCCCGUUCGUUGGCCGUGGGACGGCGCUUGAUGCGACUUCCGCGCGCUUUCGGGCGGUCGAGGCUACCUCGCCGCACCGUACCUACUGCCAAGCAUUUGGUUUCAUCACUUCAUUGACGCUCGUGU